AUGUCUCGACAGAGAAGUGAGGAACAAGAGCGAAAUGGCAGCAGCGAGUUCAGAAAGGAAAAGCGUCCUCGCACUGAAACAACAGAAGGUGAGGCUACUGCUGAAGCUGAAGUGCCAAACAACGGCUCUGCCGCAACGGGUCGCCCCUUCUCCGAAUUUGACAUCUCUGCAGAGACGGUGAAAGCUUUGAAAAGCCAAGGUAUUGAAUCACUCUUUCCUGUUCAGGCCCUCACUUUUGAGGCUAUUAUGAAGGGUGUUGACGUCCUUGUUCAGGCCCGCACAGGCAGUGGCAAAACUCUUGCCUUUGGUAUUCCCAUUGUGGAGAAACUUACAAAGAUGGAAGAACCGUUGGCGCGUGGUCGUGGUCCUGCUGCUGUCGUCUUUUGUCCUACGAGGGAAUUGGCAAUUCAAGUACGUGAUGUGAUUGCUGGGAUCAGCCAUGGUUUUGUGGUGGCCGCACUUUACGGUGGUGUGGCCUACACAACUCAGGAACGGGUUUUAUACAAUGGUGUUGAUGUUGUGGUGGCUACACCUGGUCGUGCGAAGGAUUUUCUUGAAAAAGGGACGUUACGCUUUGAUCGAGUGAAAAUCGCUUGUCUUGAUGAGGCAGAUCAUAUGCUUGAUAUUGGAUUUAAGGAUGAUAUUGAGCUUCUUCUGCAAAAGGUGGCAGAACAGAAUGGUUCCUUGACGGAAAAACCAAAUCAUCAAACCCUUUUGUUUUCCGCCACUGUCCCAGAUUGGGUACAUACAUGCUCUUUUAUUUCAAAGAAAAAGGAGUUUAUUGAUAUGGUUGGACAAGGUACUAUGCGUACUGCAAACACUAUUAAAUUUUACCGUCGCAAAUGUAACUUUAGCGAGGUCUCUUCCAUGUUGGCGGAUUUGGUAAAGGUAUAUAGUGGACGCCAUGGACGCACACUCGUUUUCACCAAUACCAAGAAAGACUGUCAUGAUUUAUCUAUUAAUAACAGUAAAUUGGAUUCUCAGUGCCUUCAUGGUGAUAUGCAGCAAGAACAACGUGAAAGUACCAUGAAAAGCUUUCGUGAAAACAAGUUCAGCGUUCUUAUUGCAACAGAUGUUGCCGCACGUGGGUUAGAUCUCCCCAUGGUGGAUCUUGUUAUUCAAUGUGCACCCCCUACAGAUAUUGAUGCCUUUAUUCACCGUGCUGGUAGAACUGGACGUGCGGGUCGCAAAGGUGUCUGUGUGCUGCUCCAUCAACCAAAGGAUGAGUAUGUUGUAGAACGCAUUGAGCGACAUGCCAAGAUUAAGUUUGAAGUACUUCCUGCCCCGACCCGUGAUGAAAUUCUCAAGGCGGUAGCGAGAGAUGCCGCAGAGGAUUUGGCGCGAGUGGAACGUAAUGCCACUGAUCUCUUUAUGGAACAGGCUGCGGAAUUGUUGAAGGAUGCGGACCCAACGGAAAUACUUGCCUCUGCCCUGGCUGUGAUGAGCGGUUAUACCACCAGUAUCACGAAACGUGGUCUCAUUACUGGAGCAAAGGGUUCUGCAACCAUUCAAAUGCUGGGACAACGUACCUUACCUAUUCCUGUCUUCUGCAGUAUUCUCCGUAAUAAUCUCGGGGAUAAUCUCUUUACACGCUGCAGAGAUAUCACCCUCCUACAAGACGCCCCAGGAUGUGUGUUUGAUGUACCAGAGGAGUCCGUCAAUCAGAUCUUAUCCAUUCCCAUUCGUGGUAUGGAGUUAAGCGUCAUUGAAGCCCUACCCCCCAUUAUUGCACGAGAACUCAACAGCGGUUCUCGCGGCGGUGGUGGUGGUGGUUAUGGUGGUGGAGGCCGUGGUGGACGCGGCGGUGGUGGUUAUCGCAAUGGCGGUGGUGGUGGUGGUUAUCGCAAUGGCGGCGGUGGUGGUUAUGGUAAUGGUGGUGGUCGUGGUGGUAAUGGUGGUGGUUAUCGCGGCACUAACAGACGUUAUUGA